UUGCACAUUCUUUACUGCGACGAGCACAUAUGUGUUGUGAACAAACCCAGUGGAAUUCUCAGUGUGCCCGGUCCACGCCGGAAUCCAUCUAUCGCCAACUUAGUGUAUGAAAUUUUAAAUCCACCCAUUGACAUUGAUCAGAUGGUGGUUCAUCGGAUUGAUAUGGAUACGAGCGGCGUCCUGGUGUUUGCCCUCACUGAGUUGGCGCUCCGUCAGUUGCACGAUGACUUUCGAUCGCGCCGCGUCAAGAAAACGUACGAGGCCUUGUUGGCGGGACAUUUUCGCAAAGCGACACAGGUCGAGAUCGACGUCGCGCUAGAACGCGAUCCUUAUCACCCACCUUUUAUGCGUCGAUAUUGGGAACCGCAAAGAUCAGCCACCUAUUCACGUCAAUUUUCGCAAAUUUAUCAACCAAGCGCCCAAGCCCACCUUCCCGUUUCGAGAGUCCAUAUGUCACCCCACACGGGCCGUACACACCAGUUGCGAGUGCACGCCGCUGCUUUGGGAUACCCGAUUAUAGGAGAUGACAUUUACGGCUUUGAAGGAGAAGGUGAUUGCGGCGUGAACAGUACCAUUUUGGAUCAACUCAUCCCCAAUCGAAUGUCUUUGCACCAACAACUGCAGGAGCUGCAGUUGCCGCUCUGUUUGCACGCCAAACAACUGUGUAUAUUUCAUCCCUUCAGCGGAGCACCCAUGAUUUUCGAAUGUGAAGCCCCCUUUUGA